UUUCAGCCUGAGUCCUGAACCUGAAGAAGCUACAGCCUGGAGCGCUAAACUUCAUGAAUCUUUCCAAACGACAAGCCAAGAAGACCUGUUGAAAGUUUCCUCUUGAGUUUCGUGGAGAGAAUCUCAGGUCUAGAAAUAUCCUUACUGCCACCUGACCUGAAGCAGAAGAAAUCACUGACAGCUUCCAGACCAGGCCCAACAUGUGUAGCACCAGUGCGUGUGACCUGGAAGAAAUCCCCCUAGAUGAUGAUGACCUAAACACCAUAGAAUUCAAAAUCCUCGCCUACUACGCCAGACACCAUGUCUUCAAGAGCACCCCUGCUCUCUUCUCGCCAAAGCUGCUGAGAACAAGAAGUUUGUCCCAGAGGGGCCUGGGGAAUUGGUCAGCAAAUGAGUCAUGGACACAGGUGUCAUGGCCUUGCAGAAAUUCCCAAUCCAGUGAAAAGGCCAUCAACCUUGGCAAGAAAAAGUCUUCUUGGAAAGCACUCUUUGGAGUAGUGGAGAAGGAAGAUUCGCAGAGCUCGCCUGCCAAGAUCUCUGCUCAGGGUCAAAGGACAUUGGAAUCCCAAGGUUUGCACAGCCAGCAGUGGUCCAGGUCUCUUUCCAGCGUGGAACAGUGCUUGGAGCAUGAAGCUGUGGACCCCAAAGUCGUUUCCAUUGCCAACCGAGUGGCUGAAAUUGUUUAUUCGUGGCCACCACCACAAGAGACCCAGGCAGGAGGCUUCAAGUCCAAAGAGACUUUCGUACUUCAGGGUCGCUCCUCCCAGCUCAAAGACCACCUGCCUAUAGCUUCAAGUUCUAAGAAAGAUGAAGAAGAACAAAUAAUAGCCAAAAUUGUUGAGCUGCUGAAAUAUUCAGGGGAUCAGUUGGAAAGAAAGCUGAAGAAAGAUAAGGCUUUGAUGGGCCACUUCCAGGAUGGGCUGUCCUACUCUGUUUUCAAGACCAUCACAGACCAGGUCCUAAUGGGUGUGGACACCAGGGGAGAAUCAGAGGUCAAAGCUCAGGGCUUUAAGGCUGCCCUUGCAAUAGACGUCACGGCCAAGCUCACAGCUAUUGACAACCAUCCGAUGAACAGGGUGCUGGGCUUUGGCACCAAGUACCUGAAAGAGAACUUCUCACCAUGGAUCCAGCAGCACGGUGGAUGGGAAAAAAUACUUGGGAUAUCACAUGAAGAAGUAGACUGAAAUAGCAGGUUUGUCGUCAGGAAUACUCAUCGCCUACUGUGGCCCUGUGCGCACUGGCCUCAGAUGGACUGCAGGAGAUCACAAUGUACAAGGCAGAGGGAGCAUUGAUGUUUUCAAAACCAUUAUUCCCGUGACUGGAGAGGCAUCAGGAGAGGCCUUGUUCGUCUCCAGCUCAUAGAACGUAGCAGCGUAGUCCUUGACAUUGAUGUUUUUCAGGCCCUCCAUUGAGUGCCUGAGGAAAUCUAUAAAGAUAAGUGGCGAUGUUGUUCCAAACACUCAGAACAGAUACCAUCAUCCUGCCUUUGUUAGCUGCUGUAGGGAAAGUGUGUUACAGAUGUCUGCUGACCUCACAGGGGUGAAAUGAUAAACUGUGCAUGUGUUUACACUUCCGUUUCUAGUACUAUUUAUUUUUAAACUACACUUGGGGUGGCCUAACACCUAGGAAGAUGUUGCUCUUCACGUUAGUAAACACAGCCUAAAGAAACUCUUAGGUUUACUGCUACAUCCAUUUGUUUGGAGAGAUAACUGUUGUCUGUGCCUUUUUGAAAAACUUCCAUUUGGUACAACAUUUUUACUUCAACACCCCCUCAACCCUUUUCUCAGGGACCACACCUCUUCUUCCCAAGGUCCCUGGGACUUCAUCAUUCUUUGUGGUAGUGCAAUGAUUGGUAGCAGGUAAAAUAAAUACAUAGAAAGACUACUGUCAAAAGAGUGUCUUCUGAUUAGUAAGUAGUAAGUCUUCUGAUUGAGCAUCAAAUGAGUUAAUUUACAUACAGUGCUUAGAACACUUCUUGGUACUUAAUGUUAUGUCUUUACUUAUGGUCUCUAAUAUGUGCUGCUCUCAGCUAAGCUGCCAAUUUCCUCUUCUGUCAACGCAGUCCCUGAUUGUUUUCCUGACAUUGAGGCUGUUCAGUCUAAGGUUUUUUAGAAAUAUGCUCAAUAGUAAGUGUUUAAGACACAAAACAAUUUAAAAAUACUAUCAAAAUAUAAGGUCUUAUAAAUUUCUGGAUAUCUAGUACCCAGCAUAUGGCCAGAUGUAAAAUUGGUGCUUAAUAAACCUUUGAAGAA